AAACAAAGAAGGCUCCGGACUCCCCGCGGCCCCCCGCCCCCCAGGCCGGCCCCCUGGCCCCCAGCCCCUGGCCCAGUGGCCAUUGUAACUUUCCCCCGGGGCUGUGGCCGCCGCGGGGCUGGCCGAGGCUGUGCGUGCGAGUCUUUGUGCGGCCCGCGGAGUGGAGCUCCCAGCCAGGCCUGCCUGUCCCACUCGGGACAUGAGCGGCUGAAGUUGGCCCCCUCAGUCCUCACCCCUGCCAAGGCCCCUCUGGGCUUCCAGCCGCUCCCCGCACCUCUCCUGGCCCCCUCAGUUCUCCCAGGUUGUUCCUCAAAGUCAUUCAAGCUGUACUCACCGAAGGAGCCCCCGAACGGCAACGCCUUCCCUCCCUUCCAUCCCGGCACCAUGCUAGAUCGGGAUGUGGGCCCAACUCCCAUGUACCCGCCUACAUACCUGGAGCCUGGGAUUGGGAGGCACACACCAUAUGGCAACCAAACUGACUACAGAAUAUUUGAGCUUAACAAGCGGCUUCAAAACUGGACAGAGGAGUGUGACAAUCUCUGGUGGGAUGCUUUCACAACUGAGUUCUUUGAGGAUGAUGCCAUGUUAACCAUCACUUUCUGCCUGGAGGAUGGACCAAAGAGAUAUACCAUUGGCCGGACCUUGAUCCCACGCUACUUCCGCAGCAUCUUUGAAGGGGGUGCUACGGAGCUGUACUAUGUGCUUAAGCAUCCCAAGGAGGCAUUCCACAGCAACUUUGUGUCCCUCGACUGUGACCAAGGCAGCAUGGUGACCCAGCACGGCAAACCCAUGUUCACCCAGGUGUGUGUGGAGGGCCGGUUGUACCUAGAGUUCAUGUUUGACGACAUGAUGCGGAUAAAGACGUGGCACUUCAGCAUCCGGCAGCACCGAGAGCUCAUCCCCCGCAGCAUCCUUGCCAUGCAUGCCCAGGACCCCCAGAUGUUGGAUCAGCUCUCCAAAAAUAUCACCCGGUGUGGGCUGUCCAAUUCCACUCUCAACUACCUCCGACUCUGUGUGAUACUCGAGCCCAUGCAGGAGCUCAUGUCCCGUCACAAGACCUACAGCCUCAGCCCCCGUGACUGCCUCAAGACCUGCCUUUUCCAGAAGUGGCAGCGCAUGGUAGCACCCCCCGCGGAGCCCGCGCGGCAGCAGCCCAGCAAGCGGCGGAAACGAAAGAUGUCAGGGGGCAGCACCAUGAGCUCGGGGGGUGGCAACGCCAACAACAGCAACAGCAAGAAGAAAAGCCCAGCCAGCACCUUCGCCCUCUCCAGCCAGGUACCUGAUGUGAUGGUGGUGGGGGAGCCCACCCUGAUGGGCGGGGAGUUCGGGGACGAGGACGAGAGGCUCAUCACCCGGCUGGAGAACACCCAGUUUGACGCGGCCAACGGCAUUGACGACGAGGACAGCUUUAACAACUCCCCCGCCCUGGGCGCCAACAGCCCCUGGAACAGCAAGCCUCCAUCCAGCCAAGAAAGCAAAUCGGAGAACCCCACGUCACAGGCCUCCCAGUAAAGGCCUUGCCACGGCCACCCAGUGCUCUGCCUGCCUGCCCCACCCCUCGCAGCCCCAGGGAGCAGAAGACGGAAUGAAGAGACUGCGCAUCUACAAUGGGUAGCCUCCAUCCACCCACUUCAGGGAGGAACUGGACUCACCGGGGGCAGGUGCCAAGAUUUGCCCCCCAGUGGCCCUGGGCUGGGCCUGGCCUCUGCAGAGCCUUUUGGGGGGAAGGGGGUGCUCAUGUGGAUGCCUGCGUGGACCCUGGGCCUCUCAGAGAUGUCCUGACCACCCCCAGGGCAUUCGCCUCCAUCUUCAUCCUGGGUUCUGGGUUCCGCAUCCUCCUGAUUCCAGCCCCUUCAAGCCUGGGGUGGGCUAUCCCACAGCCCCUAGGGACUUAAAGUUAUGGGGCUUGGUUGAGUGCCCCUUUCCUAAACCUUCCCCUAGGUGGCUGGUAGUAGAGGGGUAAAGCUCUGGCUCCUCCCUGCAGCCACCUAUCCCAGCUCCCACGUUUUUUAAAAAAUAAUAUUAUUAAAAAUGUAAGUUUAAAAAAAAAAA